AGUUUGUCCACAACGAUGAGCUCGACAGUCGCAAAUCCGGAAACGCCUCCAGCUGCUGAGCCCUCUGGGGAUCGUACAGACCUUCUCACGAAAGCGCGAGCGUUUCUGCAGCAACCUCAAGUGCAACGUGAAGAUGAUUCAGCCAAACGCAAAUUUCUGGCGGACAAAGGGCUCACAGCGGAAGAAAUAGACACAGUAAUAAAUGCUAUGCCCAAGCACCGCCCCAUCGUUCCGCCUCCAACAUACCCACAACCUCCGCCCUCAAAUCUGCCCGUGCUCCUCAUCGGAAUGGCGCGAAUCCUCUCCUGGCUGGUUGGUGGGGUUGCUGCGCUUUCUCUAAUCUACAGACGUAUCCUUCUUCCUCGUGUUAUCGAGACGUUCACUGCUCGGAAACGAAUAACCGCCCACCAUCUCUCCCUCAUGCAGAAGCUUCAUGAAUCGUUGACCACACUCAAGCAGGCACAGGCCGACGUCACUUCUGUGCUGCCUAAACCAGAACCAUUCAGAUACAAUGAGCCGCCAGAAUUGGCGUCUUGCACAUCUAUCGACACGCUUCUUCAAGCGGCAAAAACUACUGGGCAAUCACCGGAGAUUUCGAAAGUUGACCUUGUGUCGUUAUUACGAUGUGGGAUUGCUGAUUUCGCUGCGGGUGCAGUCGAGCGAAAUCCCAACACCACUGAAUUAUUUUUGCUGCUGGAAGGCAAGAUUCCUUUCUUGGUAUCCGACGAAGGUCGAGUUUAUGAGGAACGUUUAUGGGACACAUUAAGCACAUGUCCAGUCUUCGUCUCCUUGUCACAUCCGGUUUCAGAAUCUACGCCUUCCCCACCUACUCCAGACGAAGAUGUCCAAUAUUGGCAUUAUUAUCAGCCCGAGCCCUCCCCACCCACAGAACUAGCUCAAGCAUUAGACCGCUUGGUAGCUGCCGUUCCAAAACCAUCAACAGAGAGGCGGAGCCCCAUGCAGCACGCUUUGCAAGCUAUGACAGAUAUGACGGGCUACAUCAGUGCCAAUAUGUACUCCCAGUACGCGCCCAUGGGCUCCCGGAUUGGUUCGGGUGCUACGUUAGGGCCAGCAGAGGAAGAGGUACGCAAAGAGAUUCGGACAUUAAAAGGACUGGUGCUUAAUCGGAGGACAUUCUUGCCUACUCCUCAACCGCAUUAA